AUGGCACAUUCAAUUGAAGAUAUUAGGGAUAUCAAUGACUCAAAAGAUUUGUGGAAGAUUGUUGUUAGGAUUAGAGAUUUGUGGUCUAUAACAAGCAAGUCUAAAAAAGAGCAAUUGGAAAUGGUGAUAAUUUAUGCAAAGUGUGACAUGAUCCAAGUUAUUAUACCACCAUAUUUGGUUCAGAAGCAUAAGAAUACUCUUACUGUAGGAAAGACAUACAUCAUGCAGAAUUUCAAGAUUUGCCCAAUAUUCCUAUGCCAUUUGAACUUAAUAAGCUUGCCUGAUAUACUUGCGGGAAAGUUUCAACUGAAAAUCUUAGUUGAUGUGAUUGGAGGAGUGCAUGAAAUUAUUCAUACUCAAUUGAAUGCUACAAAUAACAAAAACAAAGAUGUCUUUAUCAUAACAGACAUGAGUUUGGUUAAAUUUCGGUUGGAUUAUUUAACUAUAAGCAUUUAUGCUCUAUUCUUUUACUGUGAGCUUGCAUCACAGUUUUGCAAUUACCAUAACAAUAAGAAUGAAUAUGAUCAUGUCAUUCUACUACUGCAAAAUACAAGAAUCAAGAGAGCUAAAGUCAUUAUUGCUACUUUAGAUAAACUUGAAGUUGGUCAAUUUGGAUGGUACUAUGAUGGUUGUAGUCAAUGUACCAAAAGUGUUUCACUUAAAGAUGGAAAGUUGAGGUGUUUCUCAAAUCAUGAGACUGAUGAACCUGUUCCAAGAUACAAACUUAACGUUCAUGUUGUUGAUGAAAAACACAUGUCCAAGUUUGUUUUUUGUGACAAUGAAUGUGUCAAAUUGAUUGGAAAAUCUGCCUUUGAGCUCAAGACAGAGUUUUAUGAAACUAUCUCUGCCUCAACUGAUUAUGAUCUUGCUGGUGAAAACUCGGGCCUCACUCCUUCUAAAAGGUCAUCAACUAAUUCAGUAGAUGAUAUGGAGAAUGUUCAGUUAUCCUCCACAAAGUUGCUGAAAGAUGUCUGUCAUACGGUGGUUGAGAAAUGUGUGAAAAGUGUUUUGCAAACGAGAAUUUAA